CGCCUCCGCCCCCACGCCACGCCACGCCACGCAGCGCGACGCCGCACACGCGAAAGCGGAAAGGGGUAAACCCACCGAGCGGAGCGGAGGAGCCACCGGCCCCGGCGGCGAGCCGGAGCCGCGGCGGAGGCGGCGCGGGCGGGGAUGGGGAAUAAGAUCGCGCGGACGACGCAGGCGUCGGCGACGGAGUACUACCUCCACGACCUCCCGUCCACGCACAACCUCGUGCUCGUCGAGGUCGUCAGCCGCGGCCGCUUCCUCAAGUCCGUCCGCUGCAAGCACGACGAGGGCUUGCUCCUCGUCAAGGUCUACUUCAAGCGCGCCGGCGAGCCCCUCGACCUCAAGGAGCAUGAGCGAAGGUUGGAGAGGAUCAGGAACGAGUUCGAGGGUUUGGAGGAAUCCCAUGUCUGGCCCUUCCAGGUUUGGUUACAAACAGAUAAGGCAGCGUAUCUCCUUAGGCAGUAUUUCUACAGCAACCUGCAUGAUCGGCUAAGCACACGGCCUUUCCUCAGUAAAAUCGAGAAGAAAUGGCUUGCUUUUCAGUUAAUCCAUGCUGUGGAGCAGAGCCAUAGCAAGGGAAUUUGCCACGGUGACAUAAAAUGUGAGAAUGUGCUUGUUACCUCAUGGAAUUGGCUAUAUCUUGCGGACUUCGCAUCUUUUAAACCGACUUACAUCCCGGAUGAUGAUCCAUCUGAUUUUUCAUUCUUCUUUGAUACUGGAGGAAGGCGAAGAUGCUAUCUAGCACCUGAAAGGUUUUAUGAGCAUGGUGCGGAAACCCAAGUCGCAGCAGAUGCACCUCUGCAACCAUCUAUGGAUAUAUUCUCUCUUGGGUGUGUUCUUGCUGAACUUUUCCUAGAAGGACAGCCACUUUUUGAGCUUUCACAACUUCUAGCUUAUCGGCGUGGUCAGUAUGACCCUAUUCAUACCCUAGAAAAGAUACAAGAUACCGGUAUCCGUGACAUGGUACUUCACAUGAUUCAGUUAGACCCGAAAGAAAGGCUAUCAUGCAAAAGCUACUUGCAAAAAUAUGAAUCUGUUGUAUUCCCAGUUUAUUUCUCGAAAUUUCUCCACAAGUUUUUCUCAGAUAUUGUUCCACUUCACUCUGAUGCUAGGGUCGAAAAGACUCGAGAAUAUUUUGAAAAGAUGCAUGAUGUAAUGAUAAGUGGGUCAACACUUGAGAAAAUUCAAGGAUCUGCUACUGUGUCAGUGCAUAAUAAAUUAUCUGGGGAAAAAGGCAUCACAGGGCAAACUAUAAAUUCAUCAAAAGAAUAUGCCAAAAGUAUACCUGUAGUUAAGAUAAACACUCCUGGACAGCAUAAGCAUGUUGUUGGAGAUCUCAAUUUCCUCCUCAAGGAACUGGAGAAGGAUGAUCCUACAAGUACAAAGAUCACUCAAGACACAGACCAGUCUGUUACUUCCAAUGUUUCCCAUGCAAAUGGUAUUCAGUCCUUGCGGCAGGUUUGUCAAGCUGGAAGACAAAAUGGUUUGAUGGGCCAGAACAAUUGUGUAUCUCACUUGCACAAGAUCUCAAAGAGUAACCUACUUGCGUUAGUGUCUAGUUAUGAUGCCCAAUCAGAUACCUACAAUUUUGACAUUUUUCAACAAACGGAAUACAAGGUGAGCUGUGAAGGCAUGGUUUUGCUUGCCUCAUUACUUUGCUCGUGCAUACGAAGUGUCAAAAAACCGGAGCUUAGAAGGGCUAGUCUGAUACUUCUGAAGAUUUGCUCUACAUACAUAGAUGAUGAUAGCCGCUUACAGCUGGUUAUUCCAUAUGUUAUUGCAAUGCUUUCAGAUCCAGCUGCCAUAGUCCGUUGUGCUGCUUUGGAAACUUUGUCUGAUGUCCUUUGUCUUGUUCAAGACUUUCCUAUCAGCGACGCAAAGAUAUUCCCAGAGUACAUCCUUCCAAUGCUAUCUUUGCUCCCAGAUGAUACAGAGGAGAGUGUUAGAGUUUGCUAUGCCAGCAACAUUUAUAAGUUGGCCUUAACAGCCUACAGGUUCCUGCUUCGUUCCCGGAGUAUAGAAGAUGCUAGGCCUCUUGAGGAAUCAAUGGUAGCUCCCAGGUCACAGUCUGUAGAAUCUCCAGCAAAGAAGCAGCACGACAGCAUUAAUGGUCAACUUGCACGACUCAGAAAAUCUAUAUAUGAAAUAGUGCAAGAGUUGGUAAUGGGACAAAAACAGACUCCUAAUGUCCGCAGAGCUCUUCUGCAAGAUAUAAGUUACCUGUGUUACUUCUUCGGACACAGACAAACUAAUGAUUUUCUUCUUCCCAUACUUCCAGCAUUUCUAAAUGACCGUGAUGAGCAGCUCCGUGCAGUUUAUUUUGGUCAGAUUGUUGUCGUGUGCUAUUUUAUCGGUUCCAGAAGUGUUGAGGAGUAUCUCUUGCCCUAUCUUGAACAAGCACUAAGUGAUGAUAUGGAGGCUGUGCUUGUGAAAGUACUUGACUGCUUGACUAUGAUGUGCAAAAGUGGUUAUUUGAGGAAAAGGGCAAUUGUUGGUCUAUUUGGAAAAGCUCUUCCCUUGCUGUGUCAUCCAGUCCAAUGGGUUAAACAGUCCGCUGUAAGAUUUGUUGCUUCUUGCAGUGAGAGCAUAGGGCCUGUAGAUACCUUUGUAUACCUCUGUCCGCAUCUUAAACAUUUUUUACACAGGGAGCCACCAUCGUGGUCAUCAGAAACUGCUCUUCUUUCAUGUCUUAAGCCUCCGGUCUCAAAAUUAGUCCUAUACCAAGCUUUAGAGGAUGUCCACGAUGCAGGAGACAUUUUACUGAAGGGUGACGGUAAAAAGGAAAUGACAGUGCAUGGUGGAAGAUAUCCUGCCAUGACACAAAGUGUUUCAUCAACUACAAUUGAAGAUGAUGCGAGAUUGAGAGGACCUAAGUUAUCCAGUGACUUGUCUUUGAACAUUAAAGAUUGUUCUUCUGCUAAUUCGGCAUAUAUAAGCUCUGCAGUACAUGCAUCCAGUUCAUUUUAUGAUGGUGUACCUAAAGGAAUACCCUUAUAUUCCAUGCAAGGGACAUCACUACAUGCGAAUUUGGGAUCUGACCGGCAUGGGGGUUUAUCAAGUUCAGUUCCAGGCCUUCAUACUAGAGAAAAUCAUUUCAGUAGCAUGCACCGAGAUGGGAGCAUCAGUGACUCGCUGAAUAGCAUCUCCUCUAUGCCAGGUGAUGUCAUUUCCAACUCUGACACUUCAGGAUCGUUCACCAGACCAGCAGUGGCUCUCGAGACAAGUUGGAGACCUCGUGGUGUUCUGGUGGCACAUCUCCAGGAGCAUCGCUCAUCUGUCAAUGAUAUUGCUGUAUCAAAUGACAACACCUUUUUUGUAACAGCUUCAGAUGAUUCAAGUAUUAAGAUAUGGGAUACAAGAAAAUUGGAAAAAGAUAUUGCCUUCAGAUCUAGGUUAACGUAUAGCCUGGGUAGUAGCCGAGCUCUAUGUACGACAAUGCUUCAUGGUACUCCCCAAGUUAUUGUUGGUGCUAGUGAUGGCACAUUGCACUUGUUUUCUGUUGACUGCACACGUGGUGUAGGGAAUGUCAUAGAGAGAUAUUCUGGCAUAGCUGAUGUAAAAAGGAAAGAUUUGAAAGAAGGUGCAAUUCUCAGUGUUGUGACCUGUUCCUCAGAGAGUUUUAGCCCAACCAUCCUUUUCAGCACUGAGCAUUGUGGUGUACAUAAAUGGGAUACAAGGACCAAUUCUGAAUCUUGGUCCUUUAGAUCUUCACCAGAAGAGGGGUACAUAUCGGCACUUGUAGUGGGCCAGUGCGGAAAUUGGUUCAUCUCAGGGUCUUCAAGAGGUGUUCUUACACUGUGGGACAACAGGUUUCUGCUUCCUGUUAACUCAUGGAAAUAUUUGCCAGCAACCCCGAUAGAAAAGUUGUGCUUGUUUAUACCACCACCGAAUUCAAUAUCUUCUUCUGGGAGACCCGUGGUUUUUGUUGCAGCAGGCCGCGAUGAAGUUACCCUGUGGGAUGCUGAGAACGGAAGCCGUCACCAGAUAUUUAGAACAGCAAGCACCGAGAACGAAGCUGUUAUACCAAAGGCGCCAUCAAUACAUCCAAAUACUAAAGAUGAGACGCGGCCAGCAAAUUAUAAAUUCAGAAUUGAAGAAUUAUGUGACCCGCCUCCACGCCUUCCAGGAAUCCGUUCUUUGCUUCCUUUGCCAGGAGGGGACUUAUUGACCGGAGGAACAGACUUGAAGAUACGCUACUGGGAUCAGGCCAGGCCUGAGCAAAGCUUCUGCAUAGCUGGUCCCUCGGUGAAAGGAGCUGGAAACGAAGAGUCCUACGAUAUAAGAUCCAGCUCUUGUGUACAAGUUGUGCAGGAAAUAUGCAGACAGCCUAUGACGGCGUCCAGGUUAACCCACAAGACGCAGCUGGCCAUCGCCGCCGCGGAUUCCGCGGGAUGCCACCGGGACGCGAUCCUCGCGCUGGCUUCCGUGAACUUGUCGAGCCAGAGGCUGAUCUCGGGCAGCAGAGAUGGCGCCGUCAAGGUGUGGAAGUAGCCGCCCGCCGCCUCCAUCUCUUACCGGUAAGAGAUGGCGUUCCCCAUGUGUACAUAUUAGCAUCUGCUUAAUUUAGGCUUACACUGUUUACAGCACAUGACAUUAGACACGGUACCUCAGUAGUACAUGCAACCAUUGCUUCUUGACCGUUGUACAUAACAUGAUUUCUGCCAAUACAAAGCAAGAAUUGGCUUAUUAAUUGCCAUGUAUAUGUA